CAACACUGUACUCAGCUGUUUCGGUUUUUGUGAAUGGCCGCUCCCGUGGAAUUGUCAUCACUUUCAAAAUGUUUCCGUUCAACAUGUUUCACGAUCACCUCGCCCGGCCGUUUAACACUCAGUACAGAUCGUACUCCGUGUCAAUGCUUCCUGGGAAUGAGCGGCAAGACGUGGAACGAGGAGGCAAGAUUAUAAUGCCCCCAUCUGCUCUGGAUCAUUUAACACGGCUCAACAUUGUCUACCCAAUGUUGUUCAAGCUCACUAACAAGAAGUCAAACCGAGAGACCCACUGUGGUGUUCUUGAAUUCGUUGCUGAUGAAGGCAAGGUGUACCUGCCAUACUGGAUGCAGAGGAACUUGUUGCUAGACGAAGGCGAUCUGGUCCAAGUAGAGAGUGCUACUCUUCCUGUAGCCACAUUUUCCAAGUUCCAGCCUCUUUCAGUGGACUUCCUGGACAUCACGAAUCCCAAAGCCGUCUUGGAAAAUGCAUUGAGAAACUUUGCUUGCCUGUCGACUGGCGACAUCAUUGCGAUUGAGUACAACAACAAGACUUACGAACUGUGUGUCCUUGAGACGAAGCCAGGCAAGGCAGUGUCCAUCAUAGAGUGCGACAUGAAUGUGGAGUUUGCUCCCCCGGUUGGGUACAAGGAGCCAGAACCUAGGAACGCUCCAAAGAAGCAAGAGAAAGAGGCAGAGAUGGACUAUGCUGCCUUUGAGACAGAGCCCGCUGGCUUUGUGGCAUUCAGUGGCACUGGGAACAGGCUCGAUGGCAAAAUUCGUUCUCAAGAAGGAGCCGCAAACAGUACAGUCAAGUCAAUUCCCAAAAGGGGCAUUCCAGACUAUGAUUACACCAUUGGCACUCUCCGCUUCAUCCGGACAGCUCGGCCGACUGUAGAGGAUACGGAAGGCAAGACUAAAGACGAGUUUUCGGCCUUUUCAGGCAAGGCACAUUCUCUGAGGCAGCAAAAGACCGUGAAGUGAACUAGCUAUCCUGGCGAUUAGGUGUGAAACAUGAUUAGGCAACGACGUGAAACACUAGCCAAAAUAAAAUUUACACAUUUUAUACGA